AUGUGGACGUCAGAAUGCCGGGCGGCACGGAUAGGCCGGUCCACCCAAAUAUCCAGAGUGAUGCCGCCACGCACACACGUGCGAGGACACGAUAGCUUGUACCAGAUAGCGCCAAAAUAUAAACCCAUGAGCCUUGUUCGCGAUCUGGUCGUUGCUGGAGUCGGUGAGCUGGUCGAUGAGGAAGCCGGCAAGCUGGUCGGUGCGGCAGGCCGCGAUCUGGUCGGCGCCGGAGUCGGAGAGCAGGUGAACUGGCCGAUGAGGGAGCAGAAAACGUGGUCGUUGCGGCAGGCCGCGAUCUGGUCGGCGCGGGAGUCGGAGAGCUAG